CGGCGAAUGAUGCUAAACAGUUUAUGCGAGAUUGCCAGGGAGAAAUUGAGGUACGAAAAACGAUAAUUAGGCUUAACUAUAGCAACCCUAAGGAAAAGCGUGAUGAUGAAGUAAGGUCGUCCAUAAAAUUAAUCCUUUCAGUUCGACGAUGCAUCACCAACUAUUAUGCUGCGUGGGAUCCCCACUUCCCUUGAUCAUCGAGAUAUUCGUGACGCUCUUGAUGAUGCUCGCGUGAGUUACUUAGACGUUCGUGUAAUCAAGGAUAAAACAACGGGUAUGUAUUUAUUUCCUUUCCCGCUUCAAUAAACUAUUGAAAUACAAUAGUUGUUUGUUGAUUUUGAACUUGCUUUCACCUUUACGUUACUAAUAAUUGAUUAACUUAUACGUAUUCCUGAGUGAAAAUAAAUAUUCUGAGGCUAUAUCAUUUAUUGGAUUUUCUGUGGAUCGUUAUAUUCAGCAACUUUUGUAACUUAUCAAAUCAUUGAACUUCCAAACAAUUAUUCACAAGUUUUUCAUUACAUCUAGUCCUCGAAAAAUUUCUAUUAUAUUAACAUAUGUGUAUCCCACUAGAUUGGUUUUCUUAGUAUCUCGUUUGGUCUCCAUUCUUAUAGUACGCCCUAGCUACUGGUUUUAGUUAAGCAUACGUCUGCUUCUUGUUGACGCUUCGGUUGCACUUAUAUUCUCGUGACAGACCCAUAUAUUCCGGUGAAAAUGGUCAUUCAUCCGAAAAAGCGUAAUACCAAACAGUAAGGUGUGAACUCUAGUAUUAAAGAACUGAUUGGCAGAGCCUGUCAUAAUCUUUGCUCUAAGUGUUCCAAACAGUAAGGUGUGAACUCUAGUAUUAAAGAACUGAUUGGCAAAGCCUGUCAUAAUCUUUGCUCUAAGUGUUCCAUAUGAUUUUUAGUCCUGCACUAGAUGCUAUUUAAUUGAUGAUAUCUAAGAUAUCGACAUAAGCUUUCAUUUCUUAAUUAAGAUGACCCAUUAAAAACCUGGUUUCAUUGAAGACUUUAAUCUUGAGGGUUAAUAUUUUCUCCAGUGUCAGAACUAUUAAGUGUUAAACGUUCUGAGUGUUAUCCUUAUGAGUAUAGUGUCUGAAGAGUAUAUACAAGCUUCUGCGCUUAGAUCUCCAAGUGUUGAUAUUAAAAUAAUCCGUCACAUUAAGAAGCAAGAAAAGGAGAGAUUAGUUCGUAACUAUUAUAGGUAUUCAACUGUUGUAACGAUUAAACCUAGAGUUUUAACGUGAAGAUAGUUUUUGUAGUCACUUAGGCACAACAAACCUAAUUCCAAACUUAGUUUAAUGCAUUUACGAUUUGGAACUUAAACCUAGAUUACGAGGAAAAGGCUAUUCUGCACUGUUUCUUGGCUGAACUUUCCAGUUUUCCGAGUCGGGACCUGUAAAUCGCAUUCCUAAUAGUGAAUUUUGUCGAUAAAGAAUUUUUCUCUGCAGUUGCUUUAUUCCUGUCUUAUUCAAAUCUGUUCGCAGGUAUAUCGAAGGGCUUCGGUUUUGUGGAUUUCGCUUCUGUCCAUGAAGCAAGACGUUGGAUGGACCAUCAAAAAGUAAUGCAUUCACAGUACAGGUUAUCUUUGUCAAGUUUCCUAAACAUGCUUAUCUUCACCUCGUAAUUGUCGUAUAGUUUGGAAUCAUGGGCCUAAUCCGUAUGAAAUAGCCUUAUUUAAAUAUGUUUUCUUCUUUAUUUAGGGCAUGUUUCGUGUGCGACGCUAUGAAAUACGAUUGAUGUACAGCACUCCCCGCAACCAGCUUGAUUCAUUGAUACAUCAUUCUGGAGAUGCUCCCGGCUUACUUGGUCCGUCAAGCUUUAUGACUCGUCCUCCUGCGUUGUCAGAAGUCUCCACCGGAGACUGGAUCUGUUCAAGGUGUUCUAGUCACAACUUCAGAAGGCGAGAUCAGUGCUAUAAAUGUCAGUUGCCGAGGUCUCAAGUGCAAUCCCUCACAAACUCAGUCGAUGGUGUUGAUCUCAUCGGUACAACUCCAUGCAAUACUCUCGUCUUGAGAUGCUUGGAUGCAUUAACUACGGAAGAUGAUAUUUGCCAGGUUUUUCAAGAUACGGCCGACGUAAAAGUGCGACAAUGUCAUGUAAUGAGAGAUGAAGUAACACAUGCUUCCAGGUGCUUUGCUUUUGCGGAGCUUCCCACGGUUGCUGAUGCUUACAAAGUCAUGGAUAUAGUAAACAAAGAAUUCAAGCUUUUUGAGGUUGGAGGAAAAGCAGUAACAGUCUCGUACGCAAAGAAUACUUUCAAUACUAUUAUGGCAACACUAAAAACGGAAGGAUCAUAUAACGCUCAGUUAAACAGCAGUCGCAACUUGGCUCUGGAUUUAGCGCAUGCAGCUAUGGCUGCACAAAAUAAUAACAUAUCACCCGAUACUGUUGCAAUGAAUGCAGUUGCUGCAUCAGCAUUACUGAGUCAAACUUCAAACAAUGGAGCUGCUGUUGCCCAGGCAGCCAUACAACAAAAACAAACUGAACAACAUGUUUUGUCAGCUCUGACGAAAUCUUUGCGUAACCAUUCAGAACAUACUGUCUCAUCUAACUAUGCACCGUCUAUGGCAGCACUCGUAGCAUCCGGUCAGCAGCUCCCACCUCCUUCGUUCCCGUUCAACGCUGUGACGGCAUCUACGACUACAUAUCCAUUUCCGGACACAUCUAAGUACAUAUACGAUGAGUCUACUCGCUUUUACUAUGAUCCUGUCACUGGUCUAAUGUAUGAACCGAACUCAAAAUACUUUUAUGACCGCGGAAGUCAGCAAUAUUAUUAUUGGGAUCAAACGAAGAGUACAUAUCUUCCUGUACCACAAACAAAUCCUCAAUCCAAUUCCGUCGAUAAUGCGGCUUCCAACUCUCAAACCGAUACUUCAGAUGCUCCUAAAAACAAAGAUGAUCGUGGUAAAACAGCUCAACAGAUUGCACGAGAAAUGGAAAAGUGGGCGAAGAAGAUGAAUGCUCAGAAAAAAGCCUCAUCCAAUGCCGGACAGCGCUCUGAUGUGAUAACAUCUGAGGCGAGUAGAACAGCAGACACAGGGUAUGCAAUUUUGGAGGCGUCUGCGAACAAUCCACUUACAAGUGACUCGCAUACACCCGAAUCUGCCAGUUUAGUUGCAGAGUAUGGCGGUGUUGAAGAUAGUGACGAUUCUGGCCAGGAUGAGACACAUAGUGAAAAACAAGAUUCAUUGAUUUCAUUCAAUGCUGAAGCUGAAACAAAGGUUUCAGAAGAAGAAAGCAAACUUUUGGAUUGGGCCAAGCUUGCUUGUAUGUUGUGCUCCCGCGGCUUCAAAGAUGCAGCAACUCUUCAAAAACAUAGAGCAUUUUCUGGUCUCCAUUAUGAAAAUUUAAAUAAAUUACGCGGAAAAUAUGGCUUACCAGCAAUUCCUGUUCCAACCCCCGUGCAAAAUCAGGAAGCUUCAACGGCUGUUAACUCACCUAAAAAUUCCCUUUCAAUAGCAUCGUUAAUGCAGAUUGGUGCUCAAACGGCCAGUAAUCAUGAGAAAUCAGUAGCUUCUAGACAAGUUAGUAGUCGAUCAGGCGCAUCCGGUCAAUAUCGUGAUCGAGCCAAGGAGCGUCGUGAAAAGUAUGGAAUACCAUCCCCACCUAGAAUGAAGUCAUUGGAAAGUCAGCCGUCAGUCGUGCAUAUAGAACAAGACUCAUUCGUUCCUCCCCUCCCAUCGAUUCCACCUCCACCCCAGUCAGCUCCCAACGUCGGAAGUCGACUUAUGGAAAAAAUGGGCUGGCAAGCUGGUCAAGGUCUUGGUCGAAGUAAUCAAGGACGAACUCAAAUAGUUGAAGCCGAAUUUAGAGAAGCUGGCGUUGGUCUUGGAAUCAAAACGUCAAAAAGAGGACCUCAGUCAGACAAUUAUAAAGAUAACGUUAAGCGAGCAAUGUUUGCCAGAUUCCACGAAUUAGAGUGACUACUCGUGAAUUGUGUCAUUGUAUAUAAUCGUUUUUUCUGACGUUACUUUCUAACCUGAUCUAGCAUUUCUGUAAAUCUAAUCACUUUUGUUCAGUCCCUGAGUUUAUUGAUUGAUCUCAAUCUGGUUGACUAAAAUAUAAAUCUUGUACAAAAUGC